CCUGUCAUUGUCCACUGAGAUACAAUCCUGAUAGGUUUGGUUCCAUUAUGCUAAAGCAUAUACUUCCCUCUGUCUUCCAUAAAUUCAAUCUUCUAUAAUUCUCACUCCACUCCUUCCAAGCUCUCUCUGAUUAACUUUACAGAUUGUAAUUAAUUUCCAAGAUGGCGAAGGAAGUGACAGAAGAGGCAGGAGAGGCUUCGCAGCAAGAAAGAGACUAUGUAGAACCACCACCAGCACCACUUUUCGACCCACAAGAGCUUGGUCUCUGGUCUUUUUACAGAGCUGUCAUCGCAGAGUUCAUCGCAACUCUUCUCUUUCUCUAUGUAACUAUUGCCACAGUGAUUGGCUACAAGAAGCAAACUGACCCUUGUGCCGGCGUUGGCCUUUUAGGCAUUGCAUGGUCUUUUGGCGGCAUGAUUUUCAUCCUUGUAUACUGUACUGCUGGAAUAUCAGGUGGUCACAUUAACCCAGCUGUGACAUUGGGCUUAUUCUUGGCAAGGAAGGUGUCACUGGUGCGAGCUAUUGCUUAUAUGGUGGCUCAGUGUUUAGGAGCAAUAUGUGGAGUUGGCAUAGUUAAGGGGAUUAUGAAGGAUUUCUAUAAUGCUCAAGGAGGUGGUGCUAAUACUGUGGCUGAUACAUACUCUAAAGGAACUGCUCUUGGAGCUGAGAUUAUUGGGACUUUUGUCCUUGUCUACACUGUCUUCUCUGCCACUGAUCCCAAGCGUAACGCACGUGAUUCUCACGUUCCUGUUUUGGCUCCCUUGCCGAUUGGGUUUGCAGUUUUUAUGGUGCACUUAGCCACCAUCCCCAUAACAGGCACUGGAAUCAACCCAGCUCGUAGCUUUGGUGCUGCUGUUAUAUACAACAACGACAAAGCCUGGGAUGACCAGUGGAUCUUCUGGGUAGGGCCAUUUGUGGGAGCACUAGCUGCAGCAAUAUAUCACCAGCACAUACUGAGAGCCACAGCCAUUAAAGCAUUGGGAUCUUUCACCACCACCACCAACUAAUCUCCAAGCCAAUCCCUCCUCUGCAAAUCUCCUCUACAUGGCAUGCAGUUGUUUAUGUAUCAAUUGUUUUUGUACAUAGUCUGGAGUCUGGACUGCUUCUGUGAUUGGUGGCUUGUGAGCUUUGCUUGUGGUCUCUUCAUUUGGGUCAUCAAAGAUUUUAAUUUGUAAAUAUGAAUUGUACUCAGAAAUUGGUGUUCUGUAAAUUUUAAUUUAUUGCUAUAAGUGACUUGAGUAGAUUUGUCUUAUUA